AUGGCUUCAUUAGCAUUUACAAAAUGGCCUGAUCCACUUUCUCGACAAUUCUAUGAAAAUAAAAUUGUUCUCGAUCUUAUUAAAGAUAUGAUGCGUCUUGUUAUGGAUGAACUUACAUCUUCAUAUAAUUAUUCAUGUUCAGUUCAAUCAAAUAUAUCUAAUGCUAUGUUUAUUGCUUGUACACAUGAUGGUUAUGUAUUACGCGAUGGUAUUCCACAUAUGAAUGGGGUGGGUGUGUGGGUGUGGGUGUGAGGUGUGGAUGUGGAUAUGGCUAGAGUGUGGGUGUCAUUUCCCUCUUUAUUCACACCCACAGCCACACCCUAGUUGCACUGAUUUCCAGUGAAUUGAUAGGACUAAUAUAAAACUGUUCCAUUUGAAUGACACACAGGAAAGAUUGUAUUUCAAACUUGAUAUGCUCAAUUGUAUCAAUGUUCAGUUACAUACAGAUAUAGUGCUUUCAUACAAGAUAAUGUUCUUUUAGAAUCAUACAUUAUAGAAGUUCAUAUAGUUUUUACUACGAAGCUGCGAGUCUGGAUACAACAAAAGUGGAUCUUCAACUACUAACUUUCAAUUGAUACAAUUAUAUUUUGCAUAAUUACCAUUUUUGUGAUCUUUUAUUGACAAAAAAAGAACGAAAAUUUUAACAUUUCCUUUUUAUUAGAAAAAAAGAGGGACUCUUAAUACGUUCAAGAAAUAUGAAUCCUUCCAUCUUAACAUAGGAUUCGUCUGCAUUCUGUUCGCUUCCGUUUCCAUGAUAUAUACAUAUAUCAUUUCAUAUUGAAUUUCAUUUCUUUAAAUAUGAUUUAGGAAGACUAAGUGAAGUGUACUGAUAACAACAGCUAUCAUCGAUGUGAUAAUACAACUGAAAGUAUAUCACUAUUCAAUAUAUGCUUAUACACAUUUUAUCAAAAUCUUCAUCAUUCCAUUUUGAACUGUGUAGUAAUGAGAAUUUCGUAUAUUUUUCGAUGUAAUCAUAUUAGACGUUCCACGAACACUGAAUGCGCAAUAAGUGGUCACAGAAUAAUCCGCAAUAUCAGGAUUGUGUACAUACCAAGGGGGAAACGACUGACUUUGGGCGUUUUUGACUUUUUUGACUUAAGGGUGUGAGUGUGGGUGUGUUUUACUUGUUUCACUCACACCCACACCCACACCCUUCAUCAUUUUCACUCAUUGUCUCAUUGAUUAUCUCGUCUUCGUCUAAUCCAUGAUCGAGAGUAGUUUCAACGUCAAAACUGUACGAAUGACUGUUUACUAUCGGUUCAAGCACAUCGUAUAACAAAUCCGUCAUUUCGCACUCACGAUUUCUGGUAGUAGUAGCACUUGAAGUGGUUGAAAGAACUUGAGAACGUAAGUUUAAAGCUCGAUCAACGAGAAUCUUCACAACGUUCGAUGGAUCUAUCAUUUGAAGUACCGUGAGAUUGAAAUCAAUUACUUUAUUACGUCGCACUAAUAUCUUGUGAAAAAUAAAAUGAGAAGAAGAAUGUCUGUAUGCUAUUCAGCACGCCGAAAAGGAAACAACAGGAUAGUAUAACUGGAAGAACAUCGAAGAAAGAAUGUGAAUACAUAACAUUUAUUAUCUGAACGAGAUGGCAUGCUGAUGGAAAAAGAGAAGCGCAACAACGUCGAUAUUGUAUUAGUGUCGUCCAUCCAUCAAGGAUUACCAUGGUUUGAAAUGGCACCAGAAAUCAAAUGAGAAUUUUUAUCUGUUCUUUGGACUUGUAAACAGAGAAUAUAUUCUUUAUAAAAAGACUUCAAUCUGUCUCUAAAUUGGUAUCACGUCGUAUAAAUAUGGUAACAAACAGGAGAAAAGUUUCAUCUUUUGACUUUUCGCCGUUCUCAAAAAAAGACAAUCAUUGAUUAUUUCAUUUUCGUUUACUUAUACGAUCUCUUGAAAGUUCAAUAUCUUGGCCAGAAAGGUUUGAUGGCCCAAAUCCUUUUGAGCUUUUUCGUACUUCAUCAAGAUCUAUUUGUAGCCAAAAGAUGAGCUCUAAACUCGUUGGACACCUCGGAAGGUUCCCUCGUGAGUUGUACGGCUUUCCAUUUUUGACCAUUUUGGCUGAGAAAAAUAAAAAAUUGGUCCUAACUUUUCAAGAAAGAGCUCUCAGCUCAAAUCCUUUUAGGCUUUCUGCUAUCUCGAUGUCCUCUAUCAAACGGCGUAUGAAUGAAGGGAAUCGACGUUGGACAUCUCGGGCGGUUCUCUCGUCAGAAUACUUUGAAACACUUGUGGACUCGAAGUACGCUGCUUUAGUGUAUGAGUGUUGGUGCGAGUAUGAGUGUAGGUGUGUUUAAAGUGAAGAUCCACACUCACACCUACAUCUACAUCCUCGAUGUUAAACAAGUCCAACAAUAAUUUAAAUAAAUAUGAAUACGAUUACAAACAAUAUCUUGCUACCAAAUAGAAAUAUUUCAUUUUCAUCCAGUUGUACAAACAAGUUUCAAUGUGUGUUUUUAUAAGUCUCUUCUCAAUCCAUGUAUUGAAUUACUGGCUUCCGAUUCAUCCUAUAUUUCCUAUAAUACCUAUAUUC